UGACGAGAGUGGAUUAAGGUGGUAUUUACUAAUUUAGUGGGUCUGUAAGAGGUAUUUGUUUCGCUGUGUUAAAUUUGGAAGAUUGUACCGAUAUAACAAAAAUGGGGUUUCAAUCUCAAAAGAAGUCUGUAGUAUUACUUUUCAUAGCACUUUCCUUUUUAGAAAUAUAUGAUCUAGGAGAAUCUCGAAGCUUUCAGAAGAAAGGCUCGCCAGUUUUCAGUGAUACUUAUACUGUAAAUGGUCUUUUGCUCUUACCAUAUGCCGAGAUUAUGGAACCAUUUAAAGCUUACUUCAACAAGUCCAGUAACAAUAGUCGUGUAGACUAUUAUGAAGACUUAGUCCAGACAUACCAGCUCGCAAGUAAGAACCAAGCCUUUAAAAUUGCCUACAUGCCAGAUGAUCAAGGAAAACCAGUCCAUACAUGCUUCAAACUCAAUGUAACCAACGAGACUGUUACCAUACAAAGUGUUUUGCCAGACCUGACGAAUUUUACGUAUGUUGUUGAUGAAUUCUGUGAGAAUAUCUAUUUUCCAAUCAAAACAAAUUGUUCUCGCUGGGAACUCACUGAAAUCCAUGGAAAAAAGACUAACAAGUACACCAUGUGGGUGCUGCAGAAGAAAAAUAUCACUAUUCCUAUACGAUAUCAAAUGAAGGGUUAUAAUUCACUUCUGGGAUCCCAUUAUGACAAGUAUGAGGUUUACUAUGGAAACUUUACAACAGAUGUCUCUGAUUUGGUUUUCAACAUUAACAAAAAUUUCACUUGUAGGAGUUUCCCAGGACCAGGUUUGGAAAAUGUUGGGGAGCACAAUCCCAUUAAGGAAUUUAUCGACAAGCAUGAUAAUCACAUACAUCAAGCUUUUGAAGACUUUAAGCAGACUCAUGAUAAGAAAUAUAAGAAUGAAAAACAUCAUGAAACUAGAAAAAACAUAUUUCGUCAAAACUACAGACUAGGGACUCUGGAGCUACCACCAAAACUUCCAACUACCGUAUUGGAGGAAUUCAACACCAAGAGGAUGGUGUAUUGGUAUCAUCACUGCAAAUCAAAACAUUUUAUGGGCAAAGAUGGAAACCCUGGAGGUCAAGUAAUAGCUACAAGUGUCAGUGGUUGUGCUGUAACACCUGUUAAAGACCAGGCUGUAUGUGGUUCUUGCUGGAGUUUUGGUACUACUGGAACAAUUGAGGGGGCCUACUUCUUGAAGACUGGGAAUCUGAUUCGUUUAUCUCAGCAGCAGCUGAUUGAUUGUAGCUGGUCUAACCAGAACAAUGGUUGUGAUGGUGGCGAGGACUACCGUGCUUAUGACUAUAUAAUAAAAAAUGGUGGUUUAGCUGCAGAGGAAGAUUAUGGCCCUUAUCUUGGUCAGGAUGGAAAAUGUCACGAAAGAAAUGUAAAUAGGACUGUCCAACUAAUGGGUUAUGUAAAUGUCACCUCAAAAGAUCCUGAUCUGGAAGCCUUGAAACUUGCCUUAGUCUACAAUGGACCUAUAUCUGUAUCUAUUGAUGCUUCACAUAAAAGUUUUUCUUUCUAUUCUAAUGGUGUAUAUUGGGAACCUAAAUGUGGUAAUAAGAAUGAUGAUCUUGACCACUCUGUCCUAGCAGUGGGUUAUGGUAUAAUGAACGGUCAGCCAUACUGGCUCAUCAAGAACUCCUGGUCCACUUAUUGGGGGAACGAUGGUUACGUUCUCAUGAGUCAACAAGAUAACAACUGUGGGGUUGCAACAUCACCUACCUAUGUGCUGAUUAAAACCUAAGCAAAGUUUUCUGUUUAUUCUAAAAAAAAGUUAGAGAAGAAAGAUGUGAAAAAUUGUGAUGGAAGAUAAUUAAAUGUUUCAUUAGUUGCAUGAUCGAUCAUACAUUCAAUUUAACAAUGACUAAAUUUUAUUUGAUACGAUUUUUACUUGUGCCACAAUAAGGAGACGUUUAUUUUUACAACACAGAAGUAAAUGUUUUCUUAUAGAUUAAUCAUUUCAAUGGCUUCAUGAAUCAGUGAUGCUAAAUGUGCAUCAUAUAUGCUCAAGCAAACAAAGGAGAGCCAAGUGAUAAAACGUACUUAUUUGUAUAUAUUUAAAAAUGCUUUCUUUUGUUAUACAGUGGUGCAAUACUUGUAUUGAUAGUGCACUGUAUUAUAAUAAUAAAUAAAAUAAUGGUUCUGUCUUGUUAAA